AUGAAGAAGCUUUUCACCUUAUGGAGAAAGAAGGAUGAGCCCCGCUGUUCCUGCUCACCCCUGCUUAUAGGCAGAUGGGCCAGUAUUGGUCUCUUCGCCCAAUCAGGCUACACCCUUCGAGAUAAGAAUUUAAAGAAACUUCACAGAGCUGCCUCAGUUGGGGAUUUAGAGAAGGUGAAGGAGUGUCUUCAGCUCAAGAAGCAUGAUGUGAACAUGCGGGACAGAGAACUCAGAACACCUUUGCACCUGGCCUGUGCUAAUGGAUAUUCAAAUACUGUCUCUCUUUUAACUGAAAAACAGUGCAAAGUAAAUGUCUGGGAUGGUGAAAACAGAUCUCCAUUGACUAAGGCAGUACCAUGUGACAAGGAGAGUUGUGCCACUAUUCUUCUAGAACACAGUGCAGACCCCAAUCUGGUGGAUUUGGAUGGCAACACUGCUCUUCAUUAUGUUGCCUGUUGUCAAAGUGUCUCACUAGCUGCAAAACUGCUGAAACACAAAGCUAACCUUGAGGCUCAAAAUAAGGAUGGGUUUACUCCACUUCUACUUGCUAUUACUGAAAAUAAUGCAGAAAUGGUAGAAUUUCUUUUGAAGAGUGGGGCAGAUGUGAAUGCUUCAGAUAAGAAUCAAAGAACAGCCCUUAUGAUUGCUUUCAGUGAUGAACCAACACGUUUAGUCAGUCUUCUUCUUCAGCAAGAAGUGGACCUAUCUUGCCAAGAUAUUUAUGGAUUCACAGCUGAGGAAUAUGCAUCUUUCAAUGGUUUUACUAUAUAUCAAUUAAUUGCUAAUAAUGAAAAGGAAAAAAAAGUUAAACAGAUAUCUAACUCUAUGAACACAACUUUGGACACUAUAUUUGAUACAGAAGAACUGCAGGAAGUUCUGGAGGUCCGAAGUCCAAAUGGAUUUCAUGAGGCUAAAAUCAAGAUAACAGAAUGUACUCCUUUCUGGAGGUUUGAGGGGAGAAUCUGUUCCCUUGUCUUUUCUACCUUCCAGGUGCUGCCCAUGUUUCUUGGUUCCUGA